AUGUCCGUGAAAUCGGCUGGACCGGUACGCCACUGCAAUCCAAGAUCGUCCGGGGCUAGUAGCUCUUCCGCCAACGCGGCCAAUCGAUCGAAAUUUCCUGCCGGCAAUUACAGCAUACACACGCCCAAGCAGUGCCAGCAGGUUCUUAACAAGAGGCCGAUACAUCUCAAGCGUUGCGCCUAUGAUGGCAAAGAGAUACUACAAGUAUUUGAAAAGAAUCGCUAUCGACACUUGUUGGUGCCGUCGAAGGAGCCGACGAUCUAUCCGAAAAUCAUCAGUAACACAGAAUUCUUGAACAUCCUCGAGCGAUGCCGCAUACCGAGCAAGGAAGAAAAGGAGGCCUCCUACGCCAAUGCCGAGAGGAUGCGAGAGCGUCUUUUACGGGAAAGCAUGGCGCGCAAAGAGUCGGUACGGCGCAUGGACUUGAAGCGGAAUCGCGAUAAGCAGCAGGGCCAAUUGAGCGACAUCGAGGAGGAGACACGACGGCGCACCAUGGCCCUCCUCGAGCAGGCGGAGAAGCUCAAGAUCGAGCAAGAGGAGGAGAUGAAGCUCUGCAACAAGCUCAUACUCGAGACCAAGUGCCGGGCGGUGCGCGACGCCCAGGUAGCCGAGAAGGAAAAACUCAGGCGCGAGUACGAGGCCGCGGAGAAGCGCCUCAACGACCUCAUGGAGCGCCAGAGGCUCGAGGCCCUCCGCCAGGAGGACGACAAGUCCAAGCUGCGCGCCGAGCAGUCGGCCGACUUCGCCAAGGUGCUGCACGAGCAGAUCCGGCGCAACGAGGAGGAGCGCAUGCUCGAGUACGAGCGUAAGCGCGAGGAGAGCCGCCUGGCCAACCUCAACGCGCUGGCCCAGCAGGAGCUCGAGCUCGAGCGGGCUCGCCAGAAGGAGGCCGAGAUCGAGCGCGCCCGCAAACAGCUCAUCGAGGCCAACGAGCAGCUCAAGCACUUCAAGAGCAUGGAGAAGGAGGAGGAGCGAGUCAUGGAUCGGAGGAUACGCGAAUUCCUCAAGGCCCGCGACGACAGGGAGACGAGGCUCCAGCAGGAGGCCAGGGAGGAGUUCGAGCGACGCGAGAGGGAAAAGAGCCGACUGGCCGAUCAAGCCCUCCAAGCCAAGGAGCUGCAGGCCCAGAUCGAGGAGCUCAACGCAACGCGCAUCCAGGAGGAGGUCGAGCGCGAGUGGAGAAGGAAGGAGAAGGAGGAGGCCAUCAAGAAGGCCGACAGUCAAAAAAAACUCAAGAUCGCCCGGGACGAUCAGUUGCAGUGGAAGAUCAAGAUACAGGCCAUGGAGAUCGAACGCGAGAAGCGCGAGUACGAGAGCAUACUGGCAUUGCAGAAGGAGGCUCUGUGCCGAGAACAGAAAAUCCAAGAGAUGAAGAAGAGGCAAGCUAUGGUGCAUCGUAGUGAGAUACUCAAACAGGUGAACGAGAAAGAAAAAGAACGCAUUAUGUCGAGGCAGAAGAUGUUCGAGGAAGGACUGGCCAUCAGAACGGAAAUCGAUCAGCGCAAAAAGCGUUUACGUGAGGCCAUGGAGCGCAAGUGCCAAGAGAUGCGCGAGAACAGCGUGCCCGACAUUUAUGUCAACGAGGUGCAACGCAUGAUAGAUAAUAUUGACAACAACAAAUAAAUAAAGUUUCU